GCUCAAAAUACGAACUUGUUUCUUUUUUGCAAUUCUUUGUUCACCAGUGUGGUGUAAAUUAAGUGUGUUAUUAUUUAUUAUUAUUAUUAUGUCUGAGGUUUUUGUGGAGUUCCAUCUCUUUUUAAUCUUCUUGGCUAAUUUGGACACUUGAAGAUUUUGAUUUAGAAAAAUAAGUAACAGAAACCAAUGAGGCUGUCUCUUAGAAGAGCACAAAUACCUCAUCCAGAAUUUUUUGCUGAUCCUGCAACAUAGGUCAAGUUCUGUAGUAACAGAGCAGUUGGCUAUUGGCACACAUCUUUUCCUUUUCCCCUUUGCCCUUUGCUAGAGUUAUACUCUGGCCCCCAGCUGGGAAAAAAUGGAAAGUCUAAGUAUACAUUUACCAUCCACCAGCAACAAAAACGCAAUGGAAGUGGACAGUUUUUCUCCCUACAGUGGGAGCAUCCCAUCCCCUUCUGAAGGUGGAGGGCGGAUCAGCCGCCAGGCUAAAGGUUCCAAGUCCUCUGUGGCGUCCCGUCGCAAGCGGGAGUUCAUCUCUGAUGAGAAAAAAGAUGAUUCUUACUGGGAGAAACGGCGUAAGAACAACGAAGCGGCCAAGCGCUCAAGGGAAAAGCGUCGCCUCAAUGACAUGGUGCUGGAGAACCGGGUCAUGGCGCUGAAUGAGGAGAACGUUCGUCUAAAAACGGAGCUCCUUCAGCUCAAGUUGCGCUUUGGCCUCAUCAGCACAGCCUCCUACAUGGAGAAAAGUCAGCAGAUAUCCAGCAGUGCUGCAAGUUGUAACACUAGUAGCAGUGGGAGCUGCACCAACGGCACUCCCAACAGUAACGCCUACCUCUCAAGCAGUGGCUACUCCAGUGCAUCUCAGGUGAUGCUGAAUUCUGACUCAUCUGAAGCUGAACAGUCGAGCCGUGGCGAGAACCACAGUACGCUCCACAAGUACUCCCCCAGAGGCUCUGUCUCUGACCUGUCUGACAGUUCCUCCAGAGACAGCCCUGAACCCAUGGGUUACAGCAUAAAGAAGGAACCCUCAAGUAUGGAGAUGGCCAGACUGGAAAGCAAUGGGUUGUCCAAUGAGGUUAACCAUGGCAACCACACUGCACUGGUUCCUCAUCACCAGCAGAGCUCCUCUUUGGCUGACAGUGCCAUGGACUACCAGCACCACCAACAGCAGUGCCACAUGGAGGCCUCCAGCCCGCCUCCUCAGGCCAUCUCUGCACAGAGGAGCGUGAUCUUGUACCGCUCCAGCAGUGGCUGUUACCCCAUGGAGAGCCAGAGGCAAGAGGACCAGCAGUCUCAUCAGAGCAGACCGCAACAGCAUGGCCAGCACACCUCCAAGUUCUCUGACUGCUCAGUGACCAUCAGAGAGGUCGCUGAGAAGCUAGAGAGGACGAAGACUGUGGACUCGCCUCAGUAUGACUACAGCAAUGGUCAUGCUGAGUCUGCAGAGGAGCUACAACAAAGGUACAAUCUCAACACCCAACAGCAACGUGAGAGCCAUCAUGAGCUCUACGGCUACCAGAGUCAGGAGGGCAGUCAGCAUCACCCUGAAAGCCACCAGAACCCCUUCGCCCCUGAUCUGAUCCACAGCACUGAGGAGGGCAAGUCCUCCUACCCACAGCACAACGGCUACCUCAACACACUGGACGAAGAACCCCCAGUACUCACCUACGAGGGAGGCCCCCGGGCUGACGGUUUCUACCAGGAGAAUUCCUCUGGUAAAGAUACCUCCUCCAGCGAUGGAGACCCCCGUAGCUCUGACAAGGAGGGCUCCACAGAUGAUGAGUCUCCCUCCUCGUCCUCCUCAGACAUCAGCAGUUACCACCAGAAGGAGGUGAGCGCUGCCGGUUUCAACAGUGAGUGCCAAGCUGAGGUCAAAGGCACUGCCCUGCCCCACAAGCUCCGCCUCAAGUACAGAGCUUUUUCCAACGGGGCAGCAAAAGCACAGGUGGAGGCACUGGUCAGCAUGUCCAUGUCCCCCUCCCCCAACUUGCCCCAGCACCCUUACUUGGCUCUCCCCAGCAACCCUCAUAGCGGCCAGACCAAUGGGGAAAGCAAAGAGGCAGAGAAUGACACUGAGUUUGCGGACGAGGUCAUGCCUCCGGUGAAUGAGAAGGCAGAGGUGAAAAAGGAGGGAGGGAAAAAGGGAUCCAGCAGCGGGAGGGGUGGACGCAACAAGAGGCGAGAUUAAGGACAAAUAAGAGCAGCUUCAGCAACUCUGUAUCACCUCUGUGUUGUCUACCACAGACAGGCAACUAUAACUACACUCACAUCGCCACCUUGCAGGACUGUAAAGCAGCAAGUGGUGUGUGUGAGGUGUAGACUGGAUGUGAUUUCACCAUCAAGUUUCACUGUGUCACCUUUUCCCCUUUCCCUUUAUUCUCUCCUACCUCCCACCCAUCCCUCCAAUUAAAAUGAUACAUCACUUAACGAGGGAGGGAACAGAAUGAAACUCUCCAGAGCUGGAGUCUGGGAUAUUUCUCUUGUGGGAAAUUCAAACAUUAUUCAAUUAUUCAUCAUUGUAAACUGCCUUGGUGGCUGGCCAGCGUGUACACGCUUAUUGUGGCAUUAUGGGAACAUUUCUUUGACCAAAGAAUACACAUCCUUCUUUAGUGUCUCCCUUUUUUGGCGCAGUUACAUUCUUCCUCCCUCUGAACACAUCUGUGCGAUUUAAUCCUCCACUCUCUUUACCAUCUGCACACAAGUCCUUUUCACUUCUGAAGCACUUAGAUUGUAUAUUACUGUGAUAUAUAAAUUUGCAUAUAUGGAGUAUAUAUUUUAAGAAGAAAAUGUGGCAAAAACAACAAAAAAUAAUGGGAUGCAGAAGUCGUAGAUUUUAAAGUGAUCAGUUUGUUCUUGUUGAGACACCUUGUACAGUCCCUCUUUGUCUAGAAAAUGCCUCAAAGAUUCUCUUUCAAAUGAAAGUAUGAGCCACAACUUGUAAAAAAAAAAAAAAAAAAAAAAAAAUUAAAUAAAGGUACACUUUUUUUAAGGAUCCGCUCCUCGUUCAGGCGAUCCAAGCUCUUCAUCACCUAAAACUGUUAAAACAGUCAAGGCCAGUUCUCAGCAUAUCAGUCAAGGCUAUGCAGUCACACCUUGCUGUUGGCAAAUCCUGACAAGCACAAGGCGUUUCGCCUCGUUUGCCAGCCGUUUGACAAAAUCAAUACGUCUGUAUUUCCCAGACUAAAUUUGUCUGUCUAAUAAAUGAAAUGGCUCUCUAGUCGCAACCAGCAAAGCUGCUCUCUCUUCAUAAGGUGCCUCUUUAUUGUGUUGUCCCUCGUCCCCACAUAGGCCAAUGUCUUAAUGAUCCCACUCACCUCCGCACUGAGUUGUUGUAGCUACAGUAGCUGCAGUAGAUCAUACAGUCUGUACAAGUUUAACUGUUUCACUUCCUGGUGCCUGCCUCUGGCCACUAUGUAUAAAUGUAAAGUUGUCUCUCUAUCUCUUGUAUACUGCUGUCAUUAUUUUAUUAUUAUUUUAUUAAUAUUGUUAUUUUCUAUUAUAUUCAAUUAUUAUUUUGGCUAUUAUUAUAUGUAUUUUUUUGUCAUCCUGUUGUGUCAUUUUGCUCUAUGCUCUUCCUGGUUGUGCUGUGUAUUUACCCAUGCUACCCUAUGCCCAGUUACCAUUUGUACUCUGUGUUACUGUAUAACCUUUGUUGUUCGCCAAAAGGCUUUAUGAAAAUGGAAGAAAAAAAAGAAAAUGAUAAAGGCUUGUCCAGAAGUGAUUCUGUAUUGCUAUACUUCACGUGGAUAUGCAAAAUGGUUUGGAAAAAAAGCUCAUUUUUGAUUGUGAAAGAAUGAAAAUGAGGAAAAAAUAAA